AUGUUUUCCAUCUUCAAGCGCAACCGGGAAGAGACGAACCGCGAGCAGACCGACGCCGGGGUCAAGCGGAGUCGGGACAGCUGGUUUGGGCGGAUCCGUAACCUGUUCGCGUCCCGUGAGUUGGACGAUACCGUGUGGGACGAGAUCGAGGAAAUCCUGAUCUCGGCGGACGUUGGGGUGGACACCACCAUGGCGGUGCUGGACGAAUUGCGGGCGGAAGUCCGGUCGGGGAGCGUUGCGGACGGAGAAGGCGCGUUUUCCCGGCUCAAGGAGCUGAUGGCGGUGGAGUUGUCAGCAUCGGACGACCCGGACGCCUGGUUAGACGACGAUAGCGUUGCCUCCCCCUACGUGAUCCUGGUGUGCGGCGUGAACGGAGUGGGCAAGACCACCAGCAUCGCCAAGUUGGCGCAUCACUUCACCGGAGCCGGCAAGAAGGUGGUCCUGGGCGCGGCCGAUACCUUCCGAGCCGCCGCCGAGGAACAACUGGAGAUAUUGGGCGAACGGGUGGGCGUGGACGUGAUCAGCCACCAGCACGGCGCUGAUCCCGGCGCGGUGGCCUACGACGCCUGGCAGGCGGCACGGGCGCGCGGAGCGGACAUCCUGAUCGUGGACACCGCGGGACGGCUGCACACUCGCCAGAACCUGAUGGACGAACUGCGCAAGGUGCGGCGGGUCAUCAACGGGCUGGACGAGGCGGCGCCCCACCAGGUGCUGCUGACGCUGGACGCCACCACCGGGCACAACGGGCUGACGCAGGCGCAGGCGUUCACCGAGGCCGUGGGCUGCACAGGCAUCUUCCUGGCCAAGAUGGACGGCACCGCACGGGGCGGAAUCGUGCUGUCGAUACGGCGAGCGUUGGGGGUGCCGAUCCUGUUCAUCGGCACGGGCGAGAGGCUGGACGACAUCGCGCCCUUUGACUCUGGCGAGUUCGUGGAUGCCUUACUGGCUCCCACAGCUUGA